CAGGCUUCUGCUUCCCCCCAUUUAAUGGGAAUGUUGAUUGUGGAUACGGAUCACGAGGAUUCUGACGAAUCACAACAUUAUCGACAUGAAGAGGACCAGGGAUUCAAUGCAGCAUAUGAAUCUAAAGAAGUCCUAGGACGAGGCCUAGCCUCAACAGUCCGACGAUGUAUCGAAAAAGGCAGUGGACAGCAUUUUGCAGUGAAAAUUGUCGAUAUUUCGACUGAAAAACAGUCUGAAAAUGAAGCGAAGCGGCUUUUGGAGGAGACAAUUUCAGAAGUUGAAAUUCUUCGGCAAUUGUCUGGACAUCCGUCUAUUAGUAAUGCCUGAAAUUGGAUGAAAAGACUGAAAAACUGGGUGAAAUUCGAUCAAAAAGAUGAUUUUUAUACUUAAAAUACGAAAAAAUUGCGAAAAUUCACCACAAAAAUCAGAUUUUUGCUCCAAAAACUAAGUUUAGAGCUAUUUUAAGCACUGAAAUUAUUGAAAAUCUGCUGAAAAAUGGCUUAACGGCCGAUUUUUAACUGAAAAACCCCUGGAAAACUCUGUGUUUCAUUCGAUUUUUCGAGAUUUAAAACAUUAAAAUCCAAAUUUCUCGCCUAGAAAAACCUAAAACUCGCGAGAGGACUCGAACCUGUGACCUUCUGCGCCAUAGCCAAAGCUCUUAGUCACUGCGCCAUAACGCGUGGCGCAGGCGGUAAGUUGGUGGGCUGUGGCGCAGAAGAUAACAGGUUCGAACCCUCUCGCGGGUUAUAUGUUUUUCUAGCUGUAAAACAUUCAAGAAAAGUUUCCACGUGGCAAAUGUGCUAUGUCGGCAAUUUAUGUGCGGAAAUACCAAAUUUUAGCAUUAAAAUAUGCAAAAAUUUGGCAUUUUCACCCGGAAUUGCUCACCGGGAGCACAUUUGACCACUUUCCCGGGGAACCUCUGCCCAAAUUUUUAAUUUUCUGACUGAAAAAAGCUAAAAUGUUUGAUUUUUGGCACCAAGAAAUAUGUAUGUGAUUUUUUUCUGACUGUACAGCUGAAAAUUUACGGAUUUUUACAUUUUCAGCUUUAAAUCCCUUUUUUCCGGCUGGACAUAUGAAAAAAAAAAACGGAAAACUGAUUUUUCUGUCAAAAAUGUUCACAAUUUGCUAUAAAAUAGCCAAAUGGUCGAAAAAACGCCCAAAAAUCCGGAAUUUGUUUUGAAAUUUGACAUUUUUAGUUUGAUUUCUCAAUUCUGACAUUUUUCGGGUUACGGUAGCCUCAAAAAUACACAAACACUUAUUUCCCAUUUCCACGUGGCAAAUGUGUUAUGUCGGCGAUUUUUGUGCGGAAAUAUCAAAUUUUAGCAUUAAAAUAUGCAAAAUUUUGGAAUUUUCAACCGAAAUUGCUCACAGAGAGCACAUUUGACCACUUUCCCGGGGAACCUCUGCCCAAAUUUUCCAAUUUUUUCUUGUGGAAAAGUUCCCUAAAAACACAAAUACCAUUUUCAGCGCUAAAAAAAUUUCAAAAUUUUCAGUAAAAAUCCACGAUUUUUACCAAACUCCGUCAUUCCUGUUCGCCGUCUUCGAAAUGGCUCCACGCGGAGAGCUCUUCGAUGUGCUCAAUUCUACAGUAACCGUGUCGGAGAAACGAGCACGAAGACUGAUGAAACAGCUUUUUGAUGGAGUUGAAUAUAUGCAUGCACGGGAUAUUGUUCAUAGGGAUUUAAAGCUAGAAAACAUUUUAUGCAUCGACGAGGAGCGAAUCGUCAUUUCGGAUUUCGGAUUUGCCACUCGUAUUCCACGUGGAAAAAAGCUACGUGAUUUGUGUGGAACACCGGGAUACUUGGCACCGGAGACGAUUCGAUGCCAAUGGUACGAUAAUGCAGAAGGAUAUUCAUUAGAAGUUGAUGAAUGGGCACUUGGAGUCAUUAUGUAUACGUUGUUGGCCGGUUGUGCACCGUUUUAUCAUCGAAAACAACUAAUGAUGCUCCGGCUCAUCCAACAAGGAAAAUUCGAGUUCCGCAACGAACAAUGGGCGAAUAUCACUGCAGAAGCCAAAAAUCUAAUCACCCAGUUGCUCCAAGUUGAUGCAACAAAGAGAAUUAGCUCAAAAGAGUGUUUAGCACAUGAAUGGAUGAUUCCAAUUGCACAACAACAGGCUCCACAGAUGGUUCCUGUCGUUGAAGUGGAGCUUGUCAAGGAUCAAACAUCGGAGAGAGCUAGGAAACGGUUCAAAACGGCAAUCAUCUGGGUUCGAUUCUUCCAACGUCUGGCCAAAUACAAAUAUCUUAAAACUGUCAUUGAUCGGGAUGUACUUAGGAAGAGACCAUUUAGAGAUCGAGAUAUUCGUCACGAAGCGGAAUCAUCAAUGUUCAGUGUAUAUGGUCACUGGGUGAAUCGAGGGUUCUACUAUUCCAGAGAUAUGCUAUUCGCCAACAAGCCACGCCCGAAAAUUGCCAAGAAAACUGACGGAGCAGCUGCUGUGGAGCAGAAGCUUAAAGUCCCGCCGAUAGCUGUUAAUUAGAUGAAAAUUUGUUGUGCAAUUUUUAGUGAAAAUUCGGCUGAAAAUCCGGUUUUUUGACUGAUUUGUAGUAGAAAAAUUGAAUUUUCCGGUUUUUUCCCUGAUUUUUGGUCAAAAAAGUCAUUUUUUUCCACUGAAAAUUUGGCUCAAAAACCGGUUUUUUCACCAUUUUCCACACAAAAAGUCAAUUUUUCAACUGAAAAUUGAGUGAAACUCCAUGUUUUUUUUUGUUGGGAUUUUUCACUAAUUUCCAGUUGAGAAAAUUCAAUUUUCUGGCUGAAAUUUUCCAAAAAAAAAAAUUGGAUUAUUUUGACUGGAAAAUGUUCAAAAUUCCGGAUUUUAACUCAAAUUCAGUCAAAAAUUCGCGAUUUUCUCUUCGCUUUUAUGUAAAAAAUAUAGAAUUUCCCCUCUUCCCAAUUAUUUUCUUGCCUCCUCCCUAAUUCUCUGAGUUUUUGCUCGAAAAAUGUGCUUUUUCGGAUUUUUCGCCUGAAAAUUCGAUUUUCCCAUAUUUCCGUUGUAAAAAUGUCCUCCUCCCACGCAUUUUCACCAUUUUUGUUCUAGUUUUUGCACAAUUUUUUACAAUGUUCCAGCCGAAAUUUAAUUUUGCUGAAAAAAAUUCGGAAAUUUUCAGAUUUUUCGCAUUUUUUUGCCCGAAAAAAGGGCAAAAAAUGAGGAAAAACUGAAAUUUUUGGGAUUUUUCCGAUUUUUUCCAGCAAAAAUCUGAAUUUUUCUGUAAUUUUUCCAGCAAAAAUCUGAAUUUUUCUGUAAUUUUUCCAGCAAAAAUCUGAAUUUUUCUGUAAUUUUUCCAGCAAAAAUCUGAAUUUUUUCUGUAAUUUUCUACUCUCUAAUGUGCCCCAACACAAUUCGUUGUACAGAUCUCUCUACUGUUUCUGUCUUUAAUUUUCAGUUUUUUUCAGUAUAAAUUC